AUGGGUCAAUUUGUUAAUAUUAUUAAUGUUCUUAUAUUUGUUUGUGUUUCUAGUCAAAUAAUCAAAGAAGUAAAAGAGGAGUGUUUUGACAAUGAAUAUUUUGAUGAGUCACAAUCUAAAUGUAUCUCAUGUCCAGCUGGAAAACAACCCAACCAGAAUAAAGACCAAUGUGUAAAUUGUACUGCUGGAUAUUAUUCGACUGAAAAUUCUCCUUGUUUACAAUGCAUGCCAGGAACAUAUUCAGGAAUAGGUUCGGCAAAAUGUCAUCAAUGUCCAGACGGAUAUUAUACUGAUAAAUAUGGACAAUAUGAAUGUAUCAAAUGUGACCCACCAUUUAUUUCUGAUAAACAUCAUUCUAGUUGUGAGAUAUGUCCAGAAGGAACUAUUUAUGUUGGGUAUGAUAAAAAAGUAUUACCAUGCCAGUUCUGUGGUAUGAAUGCUAUUAGUACUGAUAAUGGAACUAAGUGUCAGGAGUGUGAUGAAAAUCAGGCUCCUUAUAAUAAUGUAUGUUAUCCUUUUUGCGAUGAUAUCAUUCAACACCAAUGCCUAGUUAGUAAUUGUUCUGAAAAUCAGUAUUAUAACGCUGGAGAAUGUGAAAGUUGUCUUGAUGGUCAUUAUUGUAAACAUGGUAUUUUAUAUGAUUGUUCAGAAUUAGAUAAUUCAUGUUGUAGAAACAAUGAAAUUACGCAUUGUACUCCAUUUAUUCAAAACCCAAACUCUAAUUAUUCUGAAUGUGAAUUGUCAUUACCUUUUAUUUCUGUCUUGAUUGUUUCUGUAACAUUUAUAUGUGCUUUUGUUGUUAUUUUUAUAGUAUUUGUUAUUACUAAAUUAGUUGUUCAAAAGAAAGCUAUUGAUUUUAGCCAAAAUAAUGCUCAAGAAACAGACCCAACUAAGGUCUAUCUUCUUUCGUUUUAA